AAACUUAAGUUUAACAUGAAACAGAAGAUCGGAGCCUAAAUUUUUCAAAUUGCUCACAUUUUUACAAUAUUAUAAGGGAUUUUGGUAAUAUAAUUGAGGAUGAUGACUCGACGAUUAUGAUGAAGAAACAUGACCGUUUUAGUUAUUUGGUUAUACUUCCACUGGCAGAAAAAUGUCUGUUUAACUGUGACCUGCUUAUUCUUGGUUUAAGCUAGAGUUCAAACCAUAAUUUAGAUUCUAGUUUAGUCUUCAGUUAUACCUUAGGUUGUGAAAUUGGCUCUAAGGGCCUACCUUCACUAUCCGGUGGCAUUUGACGCUCUGUUUUUUAUUUUUGAUAAUCUCAUGGAAUAAAUCAGUUUUGGCUGGGUAUUAAGAAUAUUACACUGAACAUUUGUCGUGUCAUUGUCACUAGUGUCUACUGUCAAAGAUUUCAUAUGAUAAUAUGAAACUCAACAAAUAAACAAAACAAAUUUAAUUAAAGUUUUCAUAAUGGUUUACAUCCAUUUUCCAGCAAAUUUUACAGAAGAGGAAUUAAUGCUACAGACAAAGUACCAAAAAUUAAAGAAAAAGAAAAAGGCACUGCAAGCUCUAAAAGCACCCAAACCAGAACCUGAGAAGCCCAUAAUACCGAAAAGACCUGCCGAAGCAAGGGAUGCUAGAGAAGUAGCCAAGAAACUCAUAAAAUCCGGGGUGAUACAAGCAAUAUCAAAACAACAAAAACAGCCAGAACAAGGUUUCAAACGGCCGAGGGGUCUAGAAAGAAAACUCAUUUCAGAUAAGACUGUAAGUGGUUAUCAGCCAUUCUCGGCUAUUCAAAUGGAAGAAGGUCCAGAUAAUCCUGAAAAUAAGCCACCCAGAAUCAAAAAUCUCUAUGACACAUUUGCAAAUGCAAGGGAUAGAGAAGAAAGGGGCCUUACUGACAAGCAACAGGUGAAACCUGACAAACCCAGACAGGGUAAUACUAUAUAUGUUUCUGGAUAUAAGAUUAAUGAAGAAUUUUUAAAGAAACAUUUUUCCACAAUGGGUAAUAUCAUAAAUAUUUCGAUGGAGAUUGAAAAAAAUCGUGGAUUUAUUACUUUCGAUAAAACAGAUGCUGCAGAUAGAGCUAUUUCUGAGAUGGAUGGUAGUAUGGUCUCUGGAAUACCUUUAAAGGUUUCUUUGGCUAGGAGGCAACCUCAAAUUGAACCAAUUAAUGAUGCUACUUCUUCAGCAGCAUGGGCAACUCUUGCUUCUAGUCAUUCACAAAAAGGCAACCAUAGAGACAAAAGAGCUUUAGUAACAUAUGAUGAUAUAUUUGAUUAGGUGUAUUAAAAUUUAUAUAAAAAUUUUAUUGUAGGAAAUGGAGUCUAUUUAAAAAUAAUUUUAGUUAAAAAAAAGAUAAUCAAUAUCUUGAUAUGAAGUUAUACCCUACAUUUUAUUAUCUUAUAUAUCAUUAUUUCAUUUUAUUUUUUAAUUAAUAUAUUUUGUAUGAACAUUUGUUUUUUUUUCAAUGCUUUAACUAACUGGAUCUAAUAAUUUAUGGUUAAUGAAAGUGACUGUUUACAAUAAAUACCAAAACUAUUGAAUGGAUUUACAAAAUAUCAAAAAAAAUGGCUCUAAUUUUUCUAUCCAAAUCCUGAAAUCAUUGUAAGAGUGUAACACAUUUUGCCAAAAGUGUAAAUAUGAAUUUUGUGCCAUACUUUAAGAAAAGUGAAUAAUUAUUCAGCAUUUUAAUGUUAAAGAUAAAACUAUGUGGCAUGAAGCCUUUAUAUUUUCAAAUAAAAUACAUUCUGAGAAAA